AGCUCGCAGCUCACUACUGCGACAUAACCACAAUCCUGAGGGUGAUCUCCUGGCUGCCCGAGCCAGAGACUCAGCAGGUGAUGGCGGGCGAGGGGAUCGGGGCUCUGGAGCUGGCCAUGUGCUUGCCACCCAUACAAGAGCGAGAUGCACUCCUGGCCCGGAACAGUGUCCCUGGAGCUGGGACGCUUAGGCCCUGCGACCCCGCAGCCAGCCCGGGAACCGCACCGCUUUCCCCAGAAAACACUGGAGAGAACCCCGCCUCCAGCGUUCUGAAGCUGGGUGGCUGCGAGAAGGGCUCUGGUACUGGGGUGGGGACCAAAGGGAAGGCUGAGGAAGUGACGACUAAGGAAGACUGCGUAGCCGCGGAGGAGCCUGCACAGGUGGGGGAGAAGCUGGAGUGGAUCGCGGAGGCCCAGGCGAGCCUGAGGCCUCUGGACCUAGGGGCUCUCAUCGUGGACCCUCUAGAGGCCAUCCAGUGGGAGUUUGAGGUCAUGAGUGCCCAGUCUGACGGGGCCCACCUCCAGCUGGUGCGCAGGUUUGAGAGGAUGCGUCGGUUGCACCUGGCCCGUAGGAGCUUCAUCAUCCAAAACAUUCCUGGCUUUUGGGUCACUGCCUUCCUGAACCACCCACAGCUAUCAGCUAUGAUCAGCCCUAGGGACGAAGACAUGCUUGGCUACCUGAUGAAUUUGGAGGUGAGGGAGCUCAGGCACACCAGAACAGGUUGCAAGUUCAAGUUCCUAUUUGGGAGCAACCCUUACUUCCGAAACGAGGUGAUAGUGAAGGAGUAUGAGUGCAGAUCCUCAGGCCGCGUGGUGGCCAUUGCUACUCGCAUCCGCUGGCACCGAGGCCAAGAACCUCCGGCCUUAGUGCAUAGGAACCGGGACACCAUGCGAAGCUUCUUCAGCUGGUUUUCUCAGCAUAGCCUCCUAGAAGCUGACAGAGUGGCCCAGAUCCUUAAAGAUGACCUGUGGCCCAACCCUUUGCAAUACUACUUGCUGGGGCAAAGGCCCUACAGAGCUAGACCAAACCUUGCAAGGUGUCCAGCAGAGGCUCCGCCAAGGCCCUAUGGGUUCCAGUCUGGCUAAGUCCUGCUCAGAAACUUGGUGCUUACACAGGACUCCUGCUCUCUGCCUGUCAACCUACCUAUGUCUAGGCCAGUGCUCUGCUGUCUGCUUUCUCUUCUGUGAAUUCUGACUCCUCAGCAUGUUUUGUGGACUCGGGGCUAAGGCUGUAACCUUCAUGCUGGUCUGUGUCAACAUCAUGUGAUUCUCGUGCUCCACUGUACUUAUAGCAGGCAUCCAAUGCUGUGGAUCUGUCCUGUCAUCAUGGGCGUGGCCUGGACCUGCAAGUAAAACAUGGCCUUUCAUUCACUUGACACCAUUAUCCACAGGGCUUCACCAGGACCAGUUCCAGUUAGAGGCCUAGCACGUCAAAGCUAGGCCUCAAAUAUGCUGCACUUGAGAAGGGCUGACUGUCCCAAACCAAGGUGUGUCAUUUGGUCCUGGUGGUCAGUCCGACUUGGAUAUCCCAUGGCUCCAGAACCACAGACAGAGCAGCUCCUACCAACUGGAUUAUUGAGUGUCUGCAGUCUGGACAGCCAGACGAUCAGAUAUGGGUGAGGUGUAGGGCCUGAAGCAGUGGGUAGUACACUGUUCCUGAUCAUUCUGCUCUUCUCGUCCUGUGGUGUACCUUACCCACACCUGGCCAUUGCCUUUUUGAGGAGUUUUACCUUGUCUGCCAGCAUCCCUGUUGCCUGCUUUCAGGUCUGUAAGGGUCACCUGUCAGUGUAGUGAGCACUCCUAAUUACCAGAGAUUAUAUGAGGCUGGCCUCAAGGGAAGGAGCAAGGUUGGGAGUGCUUUAGGAAGCCUCAUUCUAGGGCUGGAGAGAUGGCUCAGUGGUUAGAAGCACUGACUGCUCUUCCAGAGUCCUGAGUUCAAUUCCCAGCAACUCACAACCGUCUGUAAUGGGAUCUGAUGCCCUCUUUUGGUGUGUCUGAAGACAGCAACAUUGUACUCUUAUGUAAAAUAAGUUAAUCUAAUUAAGAUUAGUUAAUUAAAUAAACUAACCUACACAGAA